AUGACGAAUGCUCCUGGAACCCAUCGCCAGAAUCACUCCUCAGAAGCAGUCUUGAGCCAGUUCACAUUCAAGACAAGCGGUGUUCAAUCUCGAAGUCUUACCGGCCGACAGACCAGGCAGUCUUUCUCUCCAAUUGUCAGAGACCUUGCCACGUUGUUUAAAAAGUUCACAUGGAACACGGCUUCUUGCGCCAUUCUAGCUCAAGCACACGAUGUGUAUGAUUUCGGUUACAAUCUUGUCAUCAAGGCAUCCCUCGUAUUUAACACGGUAUUUGGCCAAAUAAUGAACCACACAACAGCCAAAGACCUCGUGCCAGCACUGGCUAUCGAUAUCUUCCUCAACUUGGACCUCAAUCACUGGCGCCAUCGAGAGAGGAAAGUCUUCAUGAGAAACAAUCAUGUAAUCUCACAGUGUGCGACAGGCAAAGUUCUGAGGAUCAAUUUCUGGUAA